ACCACCCGGGUGGUGCUGGGAUAUUGCUCUCAAAACAAACAUGGCGGAAAGAGUACGACCCUUCGCUACAGCAUUCUUCGUCGUGUCCUUUCUUGUAAGUAAAACCAUUGGUGAAGAUGAAGGCGAGAAGUAUAACCCGAAUGGUCCGCUUGUGAACUGCAGUUACUUACCUAUAGACUUUCUUGAAUGUGAUCCACCACAUGAUUUUACAUCAAAUAAAACUGCACAAGAGGAGUCAGGCUAUGGAUGUUCUAAAUUUGGCGGUUCAAGGUAUGAAGACGUUCAACACACACGGGUAUGGUGUGAAGUUUUAUCUGGAAUUGAGUGCUUUGGAGAAAGAAAAUUUCUCAGCUUAGAAAAAUUUCCCUGUAUCAAGUAAGUUAAUUUUGAGUUAUUAUCAAGAUGGAACAACUUUCAGGGGUGUUACUGAGUUUUCUACAACUUACGUGUAGAUCGUGAUCAUUUAUUGUUUAGCGUCCUGAAAUUGCUAGUAAGAGUUACAUAUCCAUUGUUUCUUAUGGACUGUUUCUCCUCUAAGCCAGGCUUUUUUUCUUCAAAUAUGUCUUUUUUCAGUCACUUCUUUAUUUACUCAUUCAUUCAGUCAUUGAGAACCACUCAUAUUCGAGCAUAUUUUAUCGAUACAAUUACAAACAUAACUAGCAAAAGACAAAGCAAAUAGGGCGCCAGAUAUUAACACGUAACAAAUAGAUCACUGAAGACAGAGUCCGAGAUAUUACACGUAACAAAAAAAACACAAGACAAGCAGCACGCGAGAUCCUGCAAGUAACAAAUAGAAACCAGCACAGAGAUUUAAAGCGCGUAGGAUUUAAAACCUAAAAGUUUGGUUCCAAAACAAACAGUGCGUGAGAUACUUCUCGUAACAA